GAUAACGACGGCCUCCAUGCUAGUUCCCUGCAGGAUGAGCGGUGCUGCCGCCCUCCUGCCCCUCGCGCUCCUGGCGCAGGCUGCGCUCUCUUCGGCAUACGUCACCUCUCCCUCCUCCCUGUCUGGCAUCAGGACAAAUUUUGCCUCCUCUGUAUCCAAGUCUCGCAGAGCAUAUCCUCUUUCCUGGGCUAGAGCCCUGCGCGCUACGGCCACGAAGCCGGACCAGAAGUCAGAGGGGCUCGGCUUCGACAGCCACAAGGCUGUUGAUAAGGCUCCGGACACCUUAUGCAGGGAUGGCACCGCCAACACUGCCAUGCGCGCUAAGUUCGAGAAGAUGCUCAGAGAAGCUCAGGAUUACAUUUGCAAGUCGGUCGAGAAUGUUGAUGGAGGCGCCAAGUUCCAGACAGAUGCUUGGACUCGUGAGGGAGGCGGAGGAGGUAUCUCCAGGGUGUUGACGGGCGGAAAGGUCUGGGAGAAAGCGGGUUGCAACUUGUCCGUUGUGUACGGAAGCAUGCCUUCGGAAGCUCUGCAGGCUGCCAACGAUCGUCUCAAAUUUGGCGCCACCGACCGUGCCAAGGGGUACGCUCCUGGCGAGAGAGUCCCGUUCUUUGCCUGCGGUCUGAGCUCGGUCAUGCAUCCUAAGAAUCCUCAUUGCCCAACCAUGCACUUCAACUACAGAUACUUUGAAACUGAGGGAGGAGUCUGGUGGUUCGGAGGAGGAACCGACAUUACCCCCGCCUACCUCAAUGUUGACGACAUGAAGUACUUCCAUGGCACCUACAAGGAGGUCUGCGACAAGCACGACCCUGAGUUCUACCCCAAGUUCAAGAAGUGGGCAGACGAAUAUUUUUUCAUCAAGCACCGUGGCGAGACCCGAGGGCUUGGCGGCAUCUUCUUCGAUGACUUGAAUGAUAGAGAUCCUGAGAAGAUCUUCGAGUUCGCAAAGGAGUGUGCGAUGAACGUUCCAAAGGCAUACCUGCCCAUCGUCGAGGCCCACAAGAACGACCCUUUCACCCAGAAGGAGAAGGAGUGGCAACUGAUGAGACGUGGAAGGUAUGUGGAGUUCAACCUGGUCUAUGACCGUGGCACCAUCUUUGGAUUGAAGACCGGUGGGCGCAUCGAGUCUAUCCUCAUGUCUCUUCCCGAGACUGCCAGGUGGGAGUACGAUCACAGGCCUGAGCCGGGUUCCAAGGAGGCUGAGGUGUUGGAAGUGUUCCGCAACCCCAGAGACUGGGUUUGAGCGACGUCAAGAGCUCGAGACAUUAUUCCUUUGAUAAUAAAUCUGCAAGA